UUACUAUACGUACUUAAUGCUGCAGGAAAGGUAUCUAACGAUCAAAUCAAACGGUACGGGCAUUAAAGCCUGUUGGUGGAUACCAAUCACUAUGACAACUUCUGGGGACUUUAACCAGACAAAUGCGACAUUCUGGUUGAAUUGCGAAAACAACAACCUCACCACGCCAUUGGCCAAAGACAACGAGUGGGUCAUCUAUAACAUGCAGAUGACAGUUUUAUUCAGAGUGUUUUACGAUACACGAAACUGGAUGGGUAUCAUUUGUACGCUGAACGAUCCAACCAAAUACGAAACUAUACCCACGUUAAACCGAGUACAGCUGAUCUUGGAUUCGCUUAGCUUUUCACAAGUCGGUCAAUUGGACUACGAAAUCACGUUUCAACUUUUGAAAUAUCUAAAACACGAAGAAGAGUAUUUACCGUGGCUUGCUGCUCUCAGCGGUUGGAGAACGAUUGAUGAUUUACUGAAAAGGACUCCGAAACAUGCAGUAUUCCAAGUUAGUUUAUAUGGCAUUUCUUAUUUUAUUAUUAAUUCAAACGUUUAGGACUUCUAACGACGA